AUGUCUGCUGCUGCCGUCUCUUCAACAAGAGCUGCCCCUAGGGCAAAGGCCGUGCGUAAACCAGCUCCCGAGCAUCCAACCUAUGCUGUUAUGGUGGCCGAUGCGAUUGAACAUUUGAAGGAGAGAUCUGGGUCAUCAAAAACUGCCAUAUUGAAGUACAUGACGCAGCAUUAUAAGUUGGGGGAUAACGUAACCAUGAAGGCGAAGAUUGCCGCUAAGGAUGUUGAACCGAAGGCAAAACCUGUGGAGCUUCUUGAGCCUAAACCCAAGAGGAAGAGGACUGCCAAAGCUAUCAAGAAGCCCGCCGCCGCCAAGGCGUAG